AAAACCAUGUAAUGGUAAUGGUAAGGGUAAUGCUACUGUUCCAAUGUAAUGUGUAAUUUAAUUAAUUACAUUACCAUUGUAAUUGCCCCAUGCCUGCUGUCAACAUGUCUAAAGUCUGGUGUCAGGGCCAGAGGCAAUUUUCUCCCAUAUCCUGAAGAUCAAGAGGACAUGCAAGUUCCUUUGACUGAAUAUUUUCCCAGAAGUGGAUCUUUGAUAUGAUAUUAAUACUGUUCCUUCCCCAUGACUUGCUUAGAACUGAAGUCCAACAAGUUCCUUGGUUAUUGCACUUAGCAUUAAACAUAAUUUAAAGCUGAAAACAUCUUUUUUAUCAGUGUAGUUUUCUUCAUUAGCAAUGUCUUCAGCAUCUGCCAGUUCAGUGAUACAUGUGAAGAAAAUUACUGACUGCUGUAAAGACUGGCAGUGUAACAAAACUCUGGUACAGUGCCUGGAUCAUCUGUUUACACACAGUCUGGAUACGGAUGUCACGUUCCUGCUCGGAAGGAAUGGAGAGAACGUUAAGGCUCACAGCUUUAUCCUGAAGGCAAGGAGUCCUGUGCUGUGUAAACUUCUGAGUGCCGUCCAAAGUCAGCAAUGGAAGAUAACUCUGUUCAGAUACUCCAAACAGACCGUCACCAUGUUUCUCAGAUAUAUUUACACAGACAUGGUAACCCUGACUAUUCCUGACGCUGUGACCCUGCUUGGAGUUGCCAGGCAGUUCAAGGUGAACAAUCUGGUCAACCUGUGUGAAGCGUAUCUCAGGAUCAAUACUCCAAAGAGCAUAGAGGAUGUAACGGCUGUCAUUUCUGAAGAUGAAAAACUUUCGAAACUCGUACAAAAUACCAGAGUAAACACAUGUGAUACUGAAGACAGAAUCAGGUCAGUGGCUCCAGAACUUCACAGUUCUGUUGAUGACGUUUCUUCUGCACUUCCUGCAAGUAAAUUCCUACUCGAUGAUCAGCCAAAGUCUGGAGUAAACAUCACUUCAGUUUCACAAGCAUUGCAAAACUUGCUAAAACGCAGACAAACUGUUGACAGCACGUCUAAGCCGGCGAAGGCUAGUGUAUUGAUGACACUGGAAGGCAGUGUCAUGACGAAGCGCAGAUGUGUGACAGACGAUGCACCUACGUCUGUUGAGGUCAGUUCUGUGGUUCCUGUUCGUCAGCCGGGGUCAAAACAACAACAUAUGGAUAGUGUGUCGAAACCUUCAGACGACAUCGGUCCGGCUCUACCUGUAAACUAUCCUCCGUCACAGUAUGCCAAGAAUAAGAUGGUGGCAAUAACAAAUCUCGAAAAUGGUUUUGUAGAUGAAAUCUUGGGAAAAACGUCUGAAACACAACCUCUGGAUGGGAAAGUCUCAUCAACAACACAUCUGGGAGAUAAAGGAGUAGAGGUUAAAUAUCAAAGACAAACUCUAAGGUAUAACUUUGUAGGGAAAACUUUGAAUGGUCCGCAUAUUGAGGAAACCAUCUCGGGUACGACAUCACAAGAACAACAUCUCAAGGAUGAAGUCUCUAGGAAAACAUCUCAGGAACAAUAUCUGGGCAAUAAAAUCUCAAGGAAGAAGUCCAGGUGUAAAACUCUGGCCCCAAAAACCUCUGAGAAAACAUUUCUGGGUAAACACUUGAGUGAUGAAAUUCUGGGGAAAACAUCUCAAAGGGAAUUAUUGGUGAAUGACGUCCAAGGAAAGGUAUCGCAGGGACAGAAUUUAGGAGGUACGUCCUCGAAGGUGAUUACUCAAAAAAAACGACGAAGGGGUAAAAACUUGGACACAGCAAGUUGUGGACAACCAGACAGUGCUAAAAUAACAGUUGGUAUGGCAACGGCUGUUUGUAAUGGUUCAGUGACAGAUCUAACGAAACGUGACUCGUCUGUUGAUGCUCGGAACAACAGUUCGGAUAGCUGCAAUGGACACAUUACCAAAAACGAUACUAUCGUUGAUCGUCAAGAUGUCACUAGUACGAAACCUGUCAGUGACAGCCAGAAUUAUAACAGAUCUGGUGUCAGUACGAAACCUGCCAGUGAUAACCAGAAUUAUAACAGAUCUGGUGUCAGUACGAAACCUGCCAGUGAUAACCAGAAUUAUAACAGAUCUGGUGUGAGUGCGGAACAUCCUACUAAACCUAUCACUGAUAAAGAAAACAACAUCGCAUGUACCAUCCCUGUUGUUUCUGGUCAAGAAAAAAGCAGUGUUAAAGAACAAAUCAACAACCUUAAGUGCCAGAUAGAAUACCUGAAAGCUGAUAUAAUCAACAACCAUGGUUACCUGGUAGCUGACGAUAACAACAGCUCCCCCAUCUGUCAGGACGAAUGUACGAUCGUCGCUAUGGAGAGUGGAACAAGAUGGCGAGGUGCCAGUGACACUGACGAUGCGUACGAGGGAGAUGUGCAGCCAACAGAUCAGGUUGUGAUUGAUGAAGAGAACGAGGCCACUCCUUUAGACCUGACAACAGCACCAGGCAUUAGUGGAACUAAAAAAGUUACAACUUCAAUCCAACACAGAAAUAUGCCAAGUUUACACUCACUUGGUGUAUGUUCUGUUGGAGAAACCUACAGACCACAAUCUGAAACAGUUCAGGAAAGUCAUGCCAAUAAAAGUGAGAAGGUUGUAAAGAAGAAGAACAAGAAAAAGAAGAAAAAGAAGAAGGGGAAGAAAAUUCUUAAUGAAGCCACUGUAAUAAAAACAGCAUCGGUGGUGGAGGAGACAGCAAACAAAAAGAGAUAUGUGGAAAAAAAUGUAAAACACAGACAGCAAAUUUUGAAGGAAGAAAGUAAAAAACCAAGAGAAAGUGUGAAGAAUAAGAAAACAAGUAAAACUCCUACAAUGACCCUUGACAAAUGUGAAGUUUGUGGAGAGUGUUUCACCUCGGCUAUCUCCCUACUGAUCCACAUGAGGGAACAUGCAGGAGAACAGAUCCACCAGUGUGCUCUGUGUGGGAAAGGUUUCACACUCCUGGGCGCUCUUCAACAUCACAUGCAGAAGCACAAAGAAAAAGAACUCAUGCGUUGUAAGAUCUGUGGAAAGUGGUACGCCUCAAAAACCGCAUUUAAACGUCACUGUAACGCGCAUAAUGACGCCAUUCUGAAAUGCAAAGACUGUGGACUAAUUUGUGAAACAAAACUGCUUUAUAAUAGACACAUGAAAAAGGGAAAGCAUAAAAUGGACUCCUUACAGUAUAAAUGUCGGAAUUGUUGUGAAGCAUUUAUGUUUAAAAGGGAGCUUACAAAACACAACAAAAUACACAUUAAAGGGUUCAAAUGUGAGGUUUGUAAUAAAUCUUUUUCGAGUAAAUGGGGACGGGAAAGACAUUUAAAGUUACACAAAGCUGGAAAAAUUGAGAAAAAAACCUACAAAUGUGACAGCUGUACCUGUGUGCUAGAUAGCCCUGAAUCAUUGUCAGAGCAUUCUAAGGUCCACAAGAAUAGCAUAGAAUUAGAUAGUCCUGAGGCACAGUUAGAACUGUCUAAAGUACACAAAGAAGGCCAAGCGUCAGAUGAUUCAGAGUCACAGUUGGGGCGCACUGGUAAUCAAGAGUCACAGUUGGAUCAGACUGAUAGUCAAGCGUCACAGUUCGAGCACACUUAUUGUCCGGACUCACAGUUCAAGCAGACAGAUUGUCCGGAGUCACAGUCAGGGCACACUGAUCAUCCCGAGUCAAAAUUGGAGCAUACUAAUAGUCCGGAGUCCCCACUGGAGCACAUUGAUAGUCUGAAGUCACAGUCUGGGCACAUUGAUAGUUCGGAGUCACAGUCCGGGCACAUUGAUAGUCCGGAGACACAGGCUGAGCACAUUGAUAGUCCGGAGACCCAGGCUGAGCACAUUGGUAGUCUGGAGACACAGACUGAGCACAUUGGUAGUCAGGAGACCCAGGCUGAUCACAUUGGUAGUCAGGAGACCCAGGCUGAGCACAUUGAUAGCCCGGAGACACAGGCUGAGCGCAUUGAUAGUCCGGAGACACAGGCUGAGCUCAUUGAUAGUCCGGAGACACAGGCUGACCACAUUGAUAGUCCAGAGACACAGGCUGAGCACAUGGGUAGUCAGGAGACACAGGCUGAGCACAUUGGUAGUCAGGAGACACAGACUGAGCACAUUGGUAGUCAGGAGACACAGGCUGAUCACAUUGGUAGUCAGGAGACACAGACUGAACAUACUGAUAAUUUGGAGUCACAUUUGGCUCACAUAGAAAAACAAAAGGAAGAAUUCUUGACAUGUGAUCUUUGUAGUAAGAGUUUUGACCAUAUUGAAAAUUUGGAGGCACAUCAAAAGACACACCAGGCCAAGGAUGUGUACGAGUGUAUACUUUGUAAGAAAAUGUUUCUCAAGAAAUGCUUUUUAGAUAGACAUUAUAAAUAUCACUCCGGCGACCAGUACUUUUCGUGUGAUUUGUGUGACGAGGGAUUCGACAAGAAGAAAGAGCUGCUGCAACAUCAGUUCACGGCUCACGACAAGAAGAUGGCAUAUAGUUACAGCUGUAGUACGUGUUAUUUGGUGUUUAAAUCUCACAAGUCAUUCAGGAAGCAUAUGUUGUGUCACUCCAACACACUGAAGAACACAUCACAGAACAAACUGGAGAAACCCCAACAACAAACAUGACACACCAUGCAAACCAAAAGAUGCACAAGAAACAGGACACAGAAAUGAGAAGGUACAACCUAACACACUGCAGAAAAAAUUACCAAAACCCGCAAAACAGGGUGAUACCUGACAUAGAAAUGACAAGAUAAAACCUGAGACACUGCAGAAAAAAUAACAAACACACACACAACAGGGAGAAACCUAACAUAGAAACGACAAGGUAAAACCUGAGACACUGCAGAAAUAUAACAAACACACGCAACAGGGAAAAACCUAACAUAGAAAUGACAAGAUAAAACCCGAGACACUGCAGAAAAAAUAACAAAAACACGCACAACAGGGAGACCUAACAUAGAAAUGACAAGAUAAAACCCGAGACACUGCAGACAAAAUAACAAAAACAUGCACAACAGGGAGAAACCUAACAUAGAAAUGACAAGAUAAAACCCGAGACACUGCAGAAAAAAUAGCAAAAACAUGCACAACAGGGAGAAACCUAACAUAGGAAUGACAAGAUAAAACCCAAGACACUGCAGAGGAAAUAACAAACACACACAACAGGGAGAAACCUAACAUAGAAAUGACAAGAUAAAACCUGAGACACUGCAGAAAAAAUAGCAAAAACAUGCACAACAGGGAGAAACUAAUGCAGGAAUUGAGAGAUAAAACCUGAGACACUACAGAGGAAAUAACAAAACACACAAAACAGGACAAAACUAAUGCAGAAACCACAAGAAAAAAGCAAACACACUGCAGAAACUAACAAAACACACAAAACAGGACAAGCUGUAUCUAAAACAUAGGAUAGAUAUUAUAAGCUGUAUGACAAAAUCCACCACAACUGGAUGACACACUGCAGAACAAGACAAUAUACAAACCGGAAGAUAGCACAGAAUAUACAUUGUUGAACAAGUGAUGUAUUUACAAAAUGUGUAGAAAUAUACUUGAUGUACAAAAAUGAAUUCAGGGAUAAUUUUGUACAAAGUAGCAAAAACGAAUAAUUUGUAUACAAACAAGCUAUAUGGAUAAUUUAUGUACAAAAUAGCUUUAUAGAUAAUUUAAGUACGAAAUAGCUAUAUUGAUAAUUUAUGUGCAAAAUAACUAUAUGUAUAUGAAUAAUUAUGUACAAAAUAGCUAUAUACGGAUAACUUAUGAACACACUUAAUGUAUAUAUAUGGAUAAUUUAUGUACAAAGUAGCAAUAUGAUUUAUAUAUGUACAAAAUGGCAU